AUGGCCGUCAUCCACAUAGACGCCCAACUCACUGUCGGCGGCCCUUCUAUCACAGAUCCCAUCGAACGGAGCAAAGGUUUCGAGUUCGCCCUCGUCAGCCGACACAAGGACAAAGCUGCUUUAGCAGAGUACCAGGCGUCCAAAGAACACCACGAUGUCACCAGCAAGUUGCUAUGGCCGUUUCAAGAAGACGUGUGCCGCUUCGACUUUGAGACAUCGGAGGAGGAUUCAAGCAAGUCUUUAAUCUAG